UCAGUCAAACGACGGGGGCAGCCCAUUGUUGUGGCGCCAGACUCAGAAUUUCUUUUAGAUAAAAACGGUAACGGAUUUCUUCUACGUUAUUUAUAUUUGAUCUUUUCAUCGCACUUCAUCAUGAAGGCAACAAGAGCAGCACUUCAGAACUCUUCUCAAGAGGAGUGCGGUGUUUGGUUGGACCCAGUCCAACUUAAAAUAAAGGCAAAACAGAAACGUCUUGCCCGUCCCAUCUCCAAACUGCUGAAUCCCUUCAUGAUUGGUGAAGGCUACAACUUGGCUGUAGCGCUCAACUUCACCCAGACCAAAAUGGAAAUGCCAAAGACUAAGCAGAGCUCCAUAACUAAUUUCUUCACGCCUCAUCGACAAGUCCUCCAUGAGAUGUCCUCUUCUGAAAUACCAAACCCAGAGCAGUCUCCUUCAUCUUCCACAUCAGUUGUGCCUACAGCUGUGGCUUCUGGGAAGAAGCGAGAGCGAGAUGAACGCCCGAGGAAGUCUGACUUUAAUGUGGAUUGUGAGUGGGGAAAUGAAAAUGUGCCUGAGACUAAAACGGCAGCAUCACAGAAUCAAAGAGGACACGAUUCAUCUUUGCUAAACCGUCAAUCUGAAGAGUUCGAAGCACCUGAGAAUAAAAAAAGACACGUUGAGCCCUCCUUGUUUCAACUUCCUCCUCUGGCUUGGAGUCAGGACCCGCUGUUUACCUGCAGCUUAGACUCCGAAAGGAAAUUUGACCAAAUGAAAAAGGAAAACGCACAGAACACUGAGGAUUCAGAGUCGAGUUUUCUAGACGGUCUACAGUUUGAUGAGGUUUUUGGAGCUCAGAUAGAUUUGAAGGGAACAUCAACUCAAAACCUCGAUAAGAAACAAAAUCAGAAAGAAAAAGAAAACAGCACACCAGAUUUUUUAAAUUCCCCAAUCAAACAUUCUUCUUUCUCUUCUCCCGCACCUCUGUCGAGUCACAAGGGGGCAGACAGAAAUAGCACUUUGCUGCUAAAACACACAAGUCGCCAUGGGAUCAAGCCUGGAAAAGAGCAAGGCUUUGACUCGGCUUGGUCAAAAACAAGCACCUCUCCACUGUUACCAAACCAGGAAGUUGACGAGGAUGCUUUGUUGUUUACGCUGGACUCUGAGGGCUUCAGGGUGAUAGCGCAUCGAGAUCCACCGUCCAGAAGUCCACUGAAAGAUCAAAGUAAUCUGGGGUAUGGGAUGGUGAGUAGUGCUUCCUAUAAACCUGUGGAGGAGGAGGAGGAUGAGGAGGAUGGAAUGCUCUUUACUCAAGACUCUCAGGGAAACUUGGUGAUCAAACACUAAAACAUCAUUUCAUGGAGGUUUAAUCCGGCAAAACACUUUUUAUCUGUGUGAUCAUCUUCUUGUCACAUCUUUGCGCUUUCAGAAUGCUCUUGGUAAAUCGGAAUCCCUCAGCUUCUAAAUGCAUUCCGUCUAUUCUUAAUUUGUCAUUUAAGAGCAAAUGAACAAGCCACCAUUGAAUUUAGCUUUAUUUGAAAAAUGUCAAGGCUCAGAUCAUUUCAUGUAAACAUAUUAGUUUCAUCAUCUGUCCUAUGCGGGUGUCAAAUGUUAUAUUUUAGUACAAAAUAAAGUGAUAUACAAAGA